CGACGACAACUUGCCGAGUUGAACUAUAGAUGGAACAAACAGAGAGCAAUUUCAUUUUCUUUUCUCUAUUCUAUAGCAUAAACAAAAAAAUAAUGGCGAUCUCUUUGCUCUGUUUUUGCCUCGUUACUCUCGUUACACUAAUCUUAAUCGUAAAGAAGAUUAAACACUCUAAAUGGAAUCUUCCUCCAAACCCACCUAAGUUUCCGGUCAUCGGAAACUUACACCAAAUCGGAGAACUGCCUCACAGGUCACUUGAACGUCUCGCCAGAAAAUACGGACCUGUGAUGCUUCUUCACUUUGGUUUUGUUCCUGUGGUUGUGGUCUCAUCGAGAGAAGCAGCUGAAGAAGUGCUUAGAACCCAUGACCUAGACUGUUGCAGCAGGCCUAAGCUUGUCGGGACAAGGCUGCUCUCACGGGACUUUAAAGAUAUCGCUUUCACGCCGUACGAUGAAGAGUGGAAGGAGCGGCGCAAGUUAGCCGUGCGUGAGCUGUUCUGCCUCAAAAAGGUUCAGUCCUUUAGGUAUAUUAGAGAGGAAGAGUGUAGCUUUAUGGUCAAGAAACUUUCGGAAUCCGCCGUGUCUCGAACUCCGGUUGAUUUGAGCAAAGCCCUUUUCUGGCUAACCGCGAGUAUCUUGUUUAGAAUUGCCUUAGGACAAAACUUCUACGAGAGCAAGUUUAUCGAUAAAGAGAAGAUUGAAGAGCUAGUGUUCGAAGCUGAGACUGCCCUAGGUAGCUUCACUUGCUCCGAUUUCUUCCCAUUAGCUGGAUUUGGAUGGCUCGUUGACCGGCUUUCAGGACAGCACAAGAGGCUCAACGAUGUUUUCUUGAAGCUCGAUGAUCUGUUUCAACGUGUGAUCGAUGAUCAUAAGAGUCCUGGAAGAUCAAAAGAACACGAAGACAUCAUCGAUGCUAUGUUGGAUGUGCUUCAUAAACAAGACGAGAGUGAUUCCUUGACUUUCACGGUAGAUCAUAUCAGGGGGGUCGUCAGUAAUAUAUUUCUGGCAGGAAUAGACACAGGGGCCAUCAACAUGAUAUGGGCAAUGACGGAGCUCGCUAGAAACCCUAAACUGAUGAAGAAAGUUCAAGGCGAGAUCCGAGAAAGCCUUGGCAACAACAAGAUGACAAUCACGGAAGAGGAUAUCGAUAAAGUUCCUUAUUUAAAGAUGGUGAUCAAAGAAACAUUCAGACUACACCAUGCAGUUCCUCUUCUACUCCCAAGGGAAACAGUUGUUCACAUCAAAGUUCAAGGCUAUGAUAUUCCCCCAGGGAGACAGAUCCUGGUCAACGCUGGUGCCAUAGGAAGAGACCCCAAACUCUGGACUAACCCGGACGAGUUUAACCCCGAGAGGUUCAUCGAUAAGCCUGUGGAUUAUAGAGGACAACAUUUCGAGUUCUUACCAUUUGGCUCUGGUAGAAGGAUAUGUCCUGGGAUGCCCAUGGGGAUGGCUAUUGUCGAGUUAGGACUCUUGAACUUGCUUUACUUCUUUGAUUGGAGUUUGCCUGAUGGGAUGACCAUUGACGACAUAGACAUGGAAGAAGCUGGUACUCUUACUAUCGUCAAGAAAGUACCUCUUAAGCUUGUUCCCGUUCGAGUUAUGUAAUCUGAAAUUUAAAUAUGUUUUGAAUAAUUAACAUUAUGCAGUUGGCGUAAGCAUAAAAGUAUGAAUACUAUGUUUGCGUGUGAAAUUUGUGGCCUAGUCUGUCCGUCUUCCUGAAUAGUCUGAACUGUAAACUGGAUAUGUGUUCAACACAUUAAAUGGUUGUGGUUUCAGACUACUUACAACGGCUUAUUGAAUUAGAAAAUUUAAUAGUUGAAAGCCUACAAUGGCUUGUUGAAAAAGCAAUUGAAUCCUAGGUGUAUUCAAUUAUGUCGAAAGAAUUCAACAAUGUUGAAUCGUUGGAGAUGCGCCAAAGUGGACCUCCAAUAGACAUUUGUCAUUAAACCAGUGGCCAAUAAAAUUUCUGAUUUGUUCUUUUUCCUCUCAAUUAUUCAAAAUUAAUUAUCUUUUAAACUUUUAUUUUUAAGAAAAUUAUUUUUAUAUCAAAAUUCAUCAUCUUUCUUACUCUAUAAAUAGAAACUUGUUUCAUUUGAUUUGGAUACAGAAAAAAAACUCAUCUCUUUCUAAUAUAAUAUUUUUACAAUAAAAAUCAAAAAUCAAAUUUAUUUAUUUAAAAAUAAAAAUAGUUAUCUUUCUACUACAAUAAAAAUAAAAAAUCAAUUAUUUUUUUUACUUUUACGCAUUGUAAUUUAACUUUAGGGAAAAUUUGGAUAAAUGCACUUCAGUAAGAAUAUAAUUUGAAAAAUACACCCUUGUUUAAGCUUUUUGAAAAAUACACUUAUUUAUAUAUAAAUUUACCAAAUUGCUCAAUCUUAAUAUUUCUCAAUUCCUAUUAAACCAUUUAAAAAUAAUAAUUUAAAAAAAAUCGUUAGAGAAUAUUUUGUUUAAUAUACUACACAAUAUCUUUCACAUAUCUUCUUAAUAUAUCUUAAAUGUAUUUUUUAUUAUUUUGAAAAAAAAAAAGAACGCAAGACGCAUCUCGUCUUCUUGAACCCUGAGUUAUUUGUCAUCAGUACUACUCAAAGUCACACUUGUGUGUGGCAUAUCCAGAGAGCUUGCUCAAGAUGUGAAUGUUUUGGAGAACAAUCAAUAGCUCGAAAAUAACACGGAAACAAGCUUGCUCAAGAUGUCAUCGUACAUGACACAAUCGUGCCCGUACGUUGCGACUUUGGAAUUUGAUGUUUUUAUAUUCUAAACUUUUUUCUGUUCUAAACGUUUUUUCUGCAAAAUUUGGUUUUGGUUACUCUAGGUUUUGAUAACUGUUUUAGUUUUUAUUUUGCAAUAAGGUUGAUUAUUUCGAACUGAUCCCGUCUGUUUGCAUUGAGAAGCCACUUGAACUGCACAAUGUUUUGGGUAGACAAUCUUGUUUCUUCGGAAGUCUCGUUUAAUUUUUGGAAGAAAGAACAACACAGUUGUUUUGUUUCAAAUGAUAAUGCCAUUGUGUUUGUUUGUGAAACUAAGAAUGUGAAACCAAUGAUAAUUAGUGUUCUUCUUUUUUCAUAUUCAAAGUAAAACAAAAUAAACACAUAUGUGAAUAUCAUAUUAGAAGAACUUACUUGGUCUUGGCUUCAAGAAAGAAUGAAAAUUUUGUAUAGAACGAGACGUGACUUGUGUUUAUAUAAAGUUAACCAAAUAAAUUAAAAUCUAUAUAAACUGUGUUUUCGUACUUUUCUUAUUAAUUUUAAAUUUAUAUAUAAAUUAUUGAAAUGUCAAAUUGAGGUACAAAAGUAAAUUCACAUUAAAGAAAGUGUAGUUUUCAAAAAAAAAAUAAAGACAGUGUAUUUUUUAAAUUUCAAAUCUUAAAUAGGGUAUUUUGCAAAUUAUCUCUUAAUUUUAUUCAAUAAUUAUUAAUAUAAUUAAAAAAACAUAUAAGAAAACAAAAUUAUUUAAAAUAAUAAUUAUAGGAUAAGAUGUUAGAAUAAAAUUCAACAAACCAUUGUAUGAGUUAAAAAAUGAAUGAGUGUUGAAUUAUUAGAUAGAAUACUGAAAAAAUGAUUUGGAAGAGAGAAGAUACGGAGGUGUUGAAUUGUUAAAACCAUUACAUUAAACCUAGACAUCAGUUUGGAAAUUUGUGUGGGAGUCUGAUGCGUCGUAUUUUAUUGGUCCUUAUUCUAUUCUUUAUUAUUUUCUACUUUCCUGUUGGGUCUGAUGUUUUUUUACAUUUUUAGUGGGGUUAAACUUCAGGUGUUAUUGUAUUUUAGUUAAUUUGAAAAUUAUCUUUAUAAAUUUGUAUGUUUAUAGAUUCUUUUUAAAUCCGGAUGUUUAAUAAUCUUUAAAAAUUCAUAUGUUAUUUUCUCUAAGUUAUUGUAACUUGUUAAAAUCCACUGCAAAAUUUAUUUACGAACAUUUAGUUUUAGUUAAGAUUUGAAAUUCAUAACGCAAAAACAUAGGAUUUCUUAAAAGAAAAUUUUAAAAGUAUGAUCAAUCACUUCACAUUUAUUAAAUGGGAAGAAAUGUA